AUCACACACACACACUCUCUCUCUCCUCCCUCUCUCUCUCUCUAGAACUCAUUGUAUACACACACAACUGCAUAUACUUAGAGAGAGGCGGAGUAUAUAUAGUAUAUAAGAUUGAAAGAAAAUGGUGGGAAAAUUAUUGAUGAUUUGGUUAGUUUUGUUGGUGAAUAAUAAUUUUGCAUGGGGAGAAGAAAAAUAUGGAGUUGUAAUAAACCCAUCAAAAUUGGAGAUGUUUGUUGAUGAAUUACCAGACAUGCCCAGAAUCAAAGCUUUCGAUUUCGUCGACGGGUUUCCUGUUCCCAACUCACUCCGAGUUGGCAUGUUUCACAAGAAAUGGAACUUUCAUAGAGACCUCCCACCGACGCAAGUGUUCGCAUACGGUACAUCGAAAGAACACGCAACGGUACCCGGGCCCACAAUAGAAGCCCUGCAUGGAAUUAGCACACACAUAAAAUGGACCAAUCACCUCCCCUCAAAGCACAUAUUGCCAUGGGACCCCACCAUUCCCACCGCCAUCCCCCACACUAGAAAUGGCGGCAUCCCCACCGUCGUCCACCUCCACGGCGGCAUCGACGAACCCGAGAGCGACGGCAACUCCAUGUCGUGGUUCACUUCCGACUUCAAAGAGCGGGGCCCGUCUUGGACCAAGAAAACCUACCGCUACCACAACGCCCAACACCCCGGCACACUAUGGUACCACGACCACGCCAUGGGGUUGACCAGAGUCAACCUUCUCGCUGGCCUUAUCGGGGCCUACGUCAUCCGAGACCCGCAUGUCGAGCUCCCCCUCGGACUCCCCUAUGACCGAGAGUUUGACCGUCCGUUGGUUGUGUUCGAUCGGAGCUUCUACACCGACGGUUCAAUUUUCAUGAAUUUGACGGGGAAUAAUCCGUCCAUACAUCCUCAAUGGCAACCGGAGUAUUUUGGAGACACGAUCGUGGUCAACGGGAAGGCGUGGCCCCGCAUGACCGUACGUCGGAGGAAGUACCGUUUUAGGAUUAUCAACGCGAGCAACGCGAGAUUCUUCAAAUUCUUCUUUGAUAACGGUUUAGGGUUCGUCCUCGUGGGGUCCGAUUCGGCCUAUAAUGAGAAGCCCGUUAAGAUGAACGAUCUCCUACUAGCACCGUCCGAAAUUGCCGACGUGGUGGUUGACUUUUCUAAGUCAAAGUCCGAUUCGGUUAUCCUGUCCAACGACGCAGCGUAUCCCUACCCCUCGGGAGACCCCGUCAACGAAGCGAAUAGCAAAGUCAUGAAGUUCAUUAUCAAGGCCGGACACGAGUUGGAAACGUCGAGAAUUCCGAGAAAAUUGGUCAAGUAUCCUUCCGCGGAUUUAUCCUCCGCAUCGGUCACACGGUACAUUAGCCUAUACGAGUACACGAGCGACACCGAUGAGCCCACGCAUUUAUACAUCAAUGGGAAAUCGUACGAAUCUCCGGCGACGGAGACUCCUAAGGUGGGGUCCACCGAGAUAUGGAACGUGAUCAAUUUGACGGAGGAUAAUCACCCGUUGCAUAUACAUUUGGGGCUAUUUGUGGCAUUGGAUCAAACGGAGUUGGUGGAUGUCGAUGAAUUCAAAGAAUGCAUGUCCAAAACCAACGAUGCGGUUAAAUGCCAAGUGGACAAGUAUGCACGUGGUAAGAAGGUGGGAGUGCCCGCGCAUGAAAAAGGAUGGAAAAAUGUGUACAAAAUGAUGCCCGGAUAUGUGACCAAGAUAUUAGUUAGGUUUUCGUACAUUCACACGAACAAUUCGUAUCCUUUUGAUGCAACCGCUGAGCCGGGAUAUGUCUACCAUUGCCAUAUUCUGGAUCAUGAAGAUAAUGCUAUGAUGAGGCCGUUGAAAUUCACCUACUGAUGAUAUAUAUAUAUAUAUAUAUGCAGACGAAUUUUGAGGCUCGGUAACUGGAAAUUAGUCUUACAUAUGUUGAUUGCAUACAUGUGUUACUAGACACAUUUUUGCACAAAAAUAUUUAAAUGUAAAAAAAAAUGGAUAUGAAAAGAAUAAAUUUAUGAUGAUUUUAUUAUAUAAGUUAUAUGAAAAUUUACCGAACUAAAA